AAAAGAGUGUCAGUGUCAAAAUCGGAUAAACAAAGUUGCACAUUUGUAUUCGCCGAAUUAAAGUUCCAUUUUUAUCAAAAGUAAAUAAUUACGGCACAAAAUCAUCAUGGAGGAUGUAUUAGUAUUAAAGGAUUGUAAAACUGUACCAGACAUUGUGCAUGAAUACGCACCGACAUUAAAAUUUGGCCAUAUUCCAUUAGUGAUUGAUAAUGGAUCCUAUCAAUGCAGAGUCGGCUGGUCAAUACACGACGAACCGUAUUUGACAUUUAAAAACCUAAUUGCCAGGCCUCGUAAAGAUCGCUGUAAAAAGGAUGCGGAACCCCCUGUUACUCCACCAAUACAAAUAGGAAAUGAUAUAAUUAAUAUAGAAGCUGUCAGAUUUCAAUUGAAAACUCAAUUUGACAAGAAUGUAGUGACACACUUUGAGGUACAGGAGCUUGUUUGUGACUAUAUAUUCUCUCAUUUAGGCAUUGACAGUGAUGGCAGUGUACCACAUCCAAUUGUUAUGACGGAAGCAUUUGUUACCCCAAAUUAUAGUCGGCAAUUAAUGUCAGAGCUGCUUUUUGAGGGAUACAGUGUGCCAGGAGUGAGUUACGGAGUGGACUCAUUAUUUAGUAUGUACAAGAAUGAUAUUGGGAACACAGCUCUCAUUGUCAAUUGUGGCUACCACACUAUUCACAUUAUCCCAGUCAUAAGGGGCAAAAUAAUUGAAGAACAUGCUAGGAGAAUUAAUUUAGGUGGUAGUGAAAUCAUAUGCUACAUGCAUAAGUUACUGCAGCUAAAGUAUCCUGUACAUGUGAACGCUAUCACAAUGUCUAGAAUAGAGGAGGUGCUCCGAGAACACAGUACAAUAGCUUUAGAUUAUCAGGAAGAAAUUAGGAAAUGGGCCAACCCUGAUUACUAUGAAGCUAAUGUAAAAAGAGUUCAGCUACCUUUCGUCCAACCUACUAGCUCCUCUGGUUUAACAGCGGAACAGCAAAAAGAACGCAAGAAGGAAAUGGCGCGGCGUCUUCUAGAAAUAAACGCAAGGAAGCGGGAAGAGAGGCUUGCUGAAGAUGAAGAACAAUUAAAUCAGCUUCUGGCAUUACAGGAUCUGAUUGAAGAGGGCGACACCGAAGAAUUCGAUGAAGCAAUUAAAAGUUUUGAGAUAAAGAACUAUGGCGAUUUGCAGAGGCAAAUUGCGAAUCUUAACAUGCGUAUAGAGAAGAAUAAGCAACGCAUCGCAACUGCGGCGAACGCAGAAGAGCCGAUUGAGCCACGGCCGACCGGGCGCAACCAGCCGCCCACAGACCCUGAGGCUUUCCAGAUAUGGCUCAACGAUACACGUGCUAAGUAUCGCGAGGUGCUAGUCCGUCGGGAGGCCCGUCGUGCUCGCCGCGCGGCCAUGGUGAAACGUCGCACGGCCGCGGCGGCUGAACGUAUGCGCGCCAUAUCACGCCUCGCGGCCGCUGGGGACGACUUUGGCUACCGGGACUCCGAUUGGGAUGUAUACAAAAGUAUUAGCCGCGAGGCCGAUUCUGACUCAGAGGCGGACGGCGAAAGGCUCGUGGAGUUGGAAGAGGCACUUCGGGAGCACGAACCGGCCCAGCCCAGUCACCACCAACACCAGUUGCAUCUCGCCAUCGAACCUUACCGGGCCCCCGAAUUAAUUUUCCAACCUUCAAUGAUGGGAAACUUGGAGGCCGGUUUGGCAGAAACCAUGGAAUACGUGUUUAAACAUUUUAGCCCAGAAGAUCAGCUAUUGUUAGCCAACAACGUAUUCCUUACCGGUGGUUGCUCUCAAUUUCCAGGUCUCAAAGAAAGAUUAGAAAAGGAACUCCUUGAAAUGCGACCAUUCCAAUCGACGCACAAAGUGGUAAUGGCCAAAAACCCAAGCCUAGACGCGUGGUACGGGGCCCGUGAUUUUGCUGGAAGCAAUGACUUUGAAAAAUUUUGCAUUUCAAAAGAAGAUUAUUACGAAAUGGGAGGAGAGUAUUUCAAGGAGCAUCACGCUAGUAACAAAUACUACAAAAGUCCUGCGCCUAUCAUAGACAAUACCUUGGCUCCAGCGGGGGACGCUAACGUGAUUAAAGAAGAAAUUGUCGUUGACUGUUAAGAAUAUGCAACUUGUCGUAAUAAAAAUAAUCAAGUUGAGUAAUA